AUGGUGAUAUAUAGUACGGAGAAAGGUUGGAUAAGUUUGGUUCAUUAUGAUAGUCAGAGUAUUUUGGAUCCUGCUCGAGAUUGUGGAAGGCCGUUGUUAGAUGUGACGGCUAAAAACCCGUGUGUUCAUAACGUAGUUCUCAACAGGUUAUGCGCGUCCUGUGGAGAAAUUGUGGAAGGACCGAAAGCUACAACUGCAAUUGAUGAUAGAAUACAAAUAUCAAAAGAAUAUGCCGAGACGUUAUCACAGCCGAAAAUCCAAGAAUUGUACUCAACCAAAAAACUGAUCCUUGUUCUAGAUCUCGACCAUACCCUCAUACACGCAGAGCAAACACCGCCACACGUUGAACUACUAAGAGACAACCAGAUUAAUACCUUUCAAUCGGAAGAACUGAAACUGCACCAGCUAUGCUCGUGCAAAGCAACUGAAACCGCACGCGGCCCGCGGAUGCCCGCCACCGAGAUGGAGCGAGGUUCAGACGAACGAGCUUCAGAGGAGCGAGGUUCAGACGAACGAGCUUCAGAGGAGCGAGGUUCAGACGAACGAGCUUCAGAGGAGCGAGGUUCAGACGAACGAGCUUCAGAGGAGCGAGGUUCACUGCCGGCAGACAACGGACGGAGGAAGCGAAUCUACUGUCCGGUCUGUGACACCAGCGGCUGCCUCGCUCCGGAGCGCCAAGUGUUAAUCGAUGGCCGGCAGCUGAAAGGCGACUUGGAGGUGCAGUUGCCGGAUGCGGAGACAACCUUUUGCCAGUACGUGGAAGACGGAGAACAAAACCCCGCCACCAAGUACAAAUUGCGCCUCCUUGAGUCGGCCGUGUUUUAUUUGGAGACCGCGGUCAGCGCCUCUGCAUCCGUAGCCAGUCAUUUCAAACUUCGGCCCGGUGUUGUCCCCUUUCUGCGGGAGAUGGCCAAGUACUUUGAAAUGUAUAUCUAUACCGCGGGGAUCCGCGAACACGCAAACUGCGCUCUCUCGCUCCUCGACCCCGACCGUCGCUGGUUCCCUCAUGACCACGUGUUCAGCAGAGAUGCAGUCUCUAUGCGGGGUACCAAGAACCUCAGCCGCGUUCUACCUAGUGACCAUCAUGCCAUCCUCGUCGUAGACGACACACCCGCCGCAUGGGACGACGACGUAGGACUCUUCGUCUGCUACCCUUACGUCUGGUUCGCCAGUCCUCUGGACCACUUCACCACGCCUCUCAACCCCUACUCACUCGACCUCAAAGUCUCCGCUUUCCGAAGGGCCCUCUGCCAAUACGGCCCACUCCGAAUACUGAAUGCCCUCAAGAAAGCCGGCAAAUACCAAACAGCUCAGGACACAAGUCAAGACGCGACACAGGACACGAUCAAGGAACAAGAAACCACUCUCAGCGGCCUCAAGCCUCUCAGCGACGGCACCAGUCCACUAACACCUCCCCUCGAAGAACGGACACCGCGAAUACACAACCCCUUUUUCCCAGACUCACUGGCCGGCCGCAAAGCCGCCCCAACUCAAUACCAAGACGAAUACCGGGGCUCCGCGCUCCAGCUCCAACCGUUCACUUGGGCUCCGCCAUUUGAACGGCUGCCCCAACUCUGGCGAGAGCAAAAUAUCGAAGCACGCUGCGGCGAGAAUCUUCCCAGGUCCUUCAAGGACAGCGACCUCCAGCUCUAUUGUCUCCGGCGGAUUCUGAAACUGGCCCACAAAAUCUAUUUCGCAGCUCUGGACGCACAGGGGUACGAAACGGAACUAACUAUUCCGUCGUUGAAGGACAUUCUCGACGUGAUUAAACUGAAGGUGCUCCAGUCGACAAGGCCGUUUUACGGCGACCCUCCUCAUGGUUGGUCCAAGACUCAGUCCGCCACAACAUUCAAAUUUCUGGGCGCUGAGGUUAUCCACAAUGACGAAAUUCGGACCCCCACUCACAUCCUCCUAAACCGCCUAGAUGUUGUUCCGCCUCAUAUUCAAUUGCCCACCGUCACUCAAGACUGGCUGGAAUUCGCGGCGUCUACCUUGAUCGCGCCGGAUGACGAAGUAUUCUCUCCAAAUAAUGCUAGGGAGCUUCGGGUCUUUUGGGACGCCUGUGUCCUGGAGCAACCAACUAGUACCGAAUGCGGCAAACGUCAACGGACAUCCGGCAUUUGCUGCGUUAUGGACGACACUGAGUGGCUGGUCAAGCAUCGAACAGAUGAAAACGAAUUGAUCGAAGCCGUUCUCUCCAGAAGCACCGUCAAGAGACCCGUGGACAUCGAAAAGCUCGAGGAUGAUCUGCUCCAGGAGCUGGAAAUAUAA